GGCAGAAGAUGGGAACUCUUUCACUUGGAAGCUUUGAAAUGAAAUACGGGUUGAUAGGGCCCUCCCUGCUGGACGUUGGCCGAAGCGCAAGGGAGGGCAUGCUGGAGAAUGAGGGGAACGUGGCCUCUCUGGCACUGCCGCCUCCCAAGACAAGCCUCGCCCCCAGCGCAGAGCAAGCGGAGGAGCCCAGGCCGCCACAAUAUCAGAUCUCAGACGGAACAGGGGCAGCCAUUUCGGACACCAGCUCAGCAGGUAACUUGAGAAGGAAACACUUCUGCUCAGAGUGUGGCCAAUGCUUUGCCUUCAGAUUGGCUCUUGCUAGACACCAGAGGAUCCACAGAGGGGGGAAGAUCCAGGAAAGCUCUGAGAGCAGGGAAUGUUUGGGUCAGAAUUCGGAGCUUGCAAGCCAUUCGGAAACCCCUGAGUCUUCGGAGUUCAGGAAGGUUCUUGCUCAUCAGCCCAUCGUUCUGAUCCAAAGGAACAUCCAUGCAGGAGGAGAUAACUCAUAUCGCUGCUUGGAGUGUGGGGAAGGUUUCUCCCAACUCUCAGAUUUUGUGAUACAUGAAAGAGGCCACACGAGAGAGAAGCCCCACAAACAUGGCCAGAUUAGGAUCGGGUUCCCCAAGAGAUCACAGCUUCAUGAACACCAUAAAGCCGACACAGGAGAGAAGCCCCACAAAUGCAGGGUGUGUGGGUUAUGCUUUUCUGUUAGGUCACAACUUGUUAACCAUCAGCGAACCCACACUGGGGAAAAACCCUACAAAUGCCAGGAGUGUGGGAGAUCAUUUGCUCACAAGUCAGGCCUUGUGGUCCAUCAGAGGCUACACACAGGAGAGAAGCGCUAUGAAUGCUGGGAGUGUGGGAAAUGUUUUCCUCAAAACGCACAGCUUUGGAGCCAUCGGUUGGUUCACUUGGGGGAGAAACGGUAUAAGUGCUUUGAAUGUGGAAAAAAGUUUACUCGGCGUCCCACACUUGUGCGCCAUCAGGGAACCCACACAGGAGAAAGGCCCCAUAAGUGUCUGGAGUGUGGAAAAUGUUUCCCCACAAAAGGAAGUCUCAGGCGACACCAGAGAAUCCACACAGGAGAGAAGCCCUAUGAAUGUAGAGAGUGUGGGAAAUGUUUUCAUGAGAAAGCUGAGCUUCUGACCCAUCAGACUGUUCACACCGGGGAGAGGCCCCAUAAAUGUGUAGAGUGUGGGAAAAGCUUUAUUUCAGCAUCACAACUUGCAAUCCACCAGAGAAUCCAUACGGGAGAGAAACCUUACAAAUGCAUGGAAUGUGGAAAAUGCUUUUCCCAGAAACAACACCUCAAGGUGCAUGAAAAAAUCCACACUGGGGAGAAACCCUACAAAUGCAUGGAGUGUGGAAAAUGUUUUAGCAACAAAUCACACCUUCAUGUACACCAGAGAAUUCACACAGGAGUGCGGCCAUAUGAUUGUGGAGAGUGUGGAAAAUGUUUUUCUACUUCAUCACAUCUUACUAUUCAUAGGAGAGUCCACACAGGAGAAAAGCCACAUAAAUGUUUAGACUGUGGAAUGUCAUUUACUAUAGCACAAAGCCUUAGGGGGCACCAGAGAACCCACACAAGAGAGAAACCCCACAAAUGCUUGGAGUGUGGGAAACGUUUUUCAAGGAAAGACACCCUUGUGGUCCAUCAGAGAACCCACACAGGAGAGAAACCCUAUAAGUGCCCGGAGUGUGGAGAAUGUUUUUCAAGGAAAGACAGCCUUGUGACCCAUCACCAUCAGACAACCCACACAGGAGAAACCCUAUAAAUGCUUGGAGUAUGAGAAAUCCUUUUCUCAGAAGUCAUACCUUGUGAUCCAUCGAAGGAUCCACACAGGAGAGAAACCUCACAAGUGCUUGAAGUGUGGGAAAUGUUUUUCUAAGUCAUCACAUCUUCGCAGACACCAGAAAGUCCACACAGGAGGAGAGCUUCCCAAUGUGUAGAGUGUGAGAAAUGUUUUUCACAGAGUGGAAACCUUCAAAGGCUCCAUGUGGAAUCAAGAGCAUAUAAAUGUUGGGAGUGCGGGGAAUGUAUUGAUCAGCGGUCCGCCCUCGUGGCACACCAGAGUGUCCAUACAAAAUGGAGGAUGUACAGAUGUCAGGAGUGUGGGAAAUGCUUUGUAAAGGAAAUGAAUCUUCUAUCAACAUUGGUGAUUCCACAAAGGAAAUACAACGCAAGUGUCUUCAGUGUGGGAAGUGAUUUGCUACUCAUUCGGACCUUCAAAGGCACCGGAGAAUCCACAAUAAUGGGAAACCCGUUAAUGUUUCAAGUGUGGGAAAUGUUUGGCCUGGAAGGGGCAGGCUUGUGCCGCAUCAGGGAGCCUACACAGGAGAGAAACCACACAAAUGCUUUGAAUAUGUGUAUUUCCAGAUAAUUUCAGAAUGCGGUGUCUCCUGAUCUUGAUGUAAUGGUAGCUUUAAAUCCUUAUAAAUCAAUCUGUACAUAUAA